AUGGCUCCAACCUUCGAAGAUCCGCAACUAGAUGCACUUAUUAGUGGUGGAAUGCAGCAGUCUGAAACGCGAUGUGCGAGGAUCGAAGAUGUCAUGGUUAACGAUUUCAUUCGGUUCUGCGAAUACGCUUACCGCGGGGACUAUACGGUACCUCCGUUGGGAGAACCAGUAUCUGAGUCUCAAUACGUAGCAAGGAACAUCUCAAGAACCUCACUACGCACUCAAUUUAACAGCCGAAACUACCUAAAUGAUGGCGGCCCCAAAGAUCUGAUCCUGCAGCACUUCCAACCCAAAUCUAAUAGUGCCGCAGACCAAAACUUCACGCCAGUCCUCCUCGCCCACGCACGGCUCUACUGNUUUGCGCAUCUACGUCUAAUAAUGCCACUCAAAGCGCUAACCCUCUACAAGCUGCAUAAGACACUAAUGAACUUCAAGUUGUACACAAAGCGCGUUGGAGACAUCAUUCGGCUUACGAGAAGUGCGUACUCGAACCCAGAUCUGCCAGAUAGAAACGACGACGGAAUUAUCGGCGACCAGAGGAGACUCGUGGUUGAGUAUAUUGUGUGCGAGAUUGACACAAUCGGAAAAUGUGAUGAAUUCAUCAAGUAUAUGGAAGAAGGCAGUGAAUUUGUAGGAGAUUUUUGGAGAACGGUAAAGGACUAA